AUGUUAACACGUCGCGUAUUACAUCGUUUAUUUCGGUGUGCUGUAGGACAAAUAAACAAACGGCAACAAUCAACACAACAAAAUCUUUUAAUUAGUGGCCAUAUCAAUGCUCCGUUAACGAACAAACUGCAAUUUCUUUUCCCAAAAGACCGUCCAAUUAUUCCUGUUUAUCGUGUUUUAGAAACAGAUGGACAUGUUAUAGAUGAAACACAAACACCAUCGUUUUCUGAUGAACAAAUCGUUAAAAUGUAUAAAGAUAUGACAUUAUUAUCCACAAUGGAUGAACUACUGUAUCAAUCACAACGUCAAGGUCGUAUCAGUUUUUAUAUGACAAAUUAUGGUGAAGAAGCUACACAUGUGGGUAGUGCAGCAGCACUUGAUCCAAAUGAUCUUGUUUAUGGUCAAUACAGAGAAGCUGGUGUUCUCAUGUAUCGUGGUUUUCAGUUAGAUGAUUUUAUGAAUCAAUGUUUUGGCAAUUUAAAAGCAUCAUGUAAAGGAAUUCAAAUGCCCGUUCAUUAUGGCUCAAAAAAAUUAAAUUUUGUUACAAUUUCAUCAACAUUAGCCACUCAAAUGCCACAAGCUGUUGGAAGCGCUUAUGCUUAUAAAAGAGCACAAAAUAUGUUAUGUGUCAUUUGUUAUUUUGGUGAAGGAGCGUCAUCUGAAGGAGAUGCGCAUGCUGCUUUAAAUUUUUCAGCAACGCUUGAAGCGCCUGUUUUAUUUUUCUGUCGUAAUAACGGCUAUGCCAUAUCAACAUCAGCUACUGAACAAUAUCGUGGUGAUGGUGUAGCUAGUCGUGGACCUGGCUAUGGAAUUGCAGCGAUCCGUGUUGAUGGCAAUGAUUUAUUUGCUGUUUAUAAUGCAACAAAAGCUGCACGAGACAUGGCGGUAAAUGAAAUGCGACCAGUAUUGAUCGAAGCAAUGACUUAUAGAGUGGGUCAUCAUAGUACGUCUGAUGAUAGUUCAGCAUAUCGUUCAAUUGAUGAAGUACGCAUUAGAGAUAAAAGAGAUAAUCCAAUAUCGAGAUUUCGAAAAUAUAUGACUUUACGUGGUUGCUGGAAUGAAGAAAAAGAAGAAGAAUGGGUUAAAGAAUCCAAACGUUCCGUUAUGGAAUCAUUUACUCGUUGUGAAAAAAUAAAACGUGCUUCACCAGCAACGAUAUUUGAAAAUGUAUUUGAUAAAGUUGAACCACAUUUACAACGUCAAAUGAAAGAAAUGAAUGAACAUAUAAAACUCCAUCAUGAUCAUUUUCCGUGGACACAAUAUGAAUCGAUGUAA